GCACUGUUAGGCCCACCCCCCUCGAUUGGUUCACCGUCCUUCCCCAACAAGGGAACUAGGUUGUGAUCGAGUCCCUGGCACAUACAGCGUAACAAUACUGACAACCGUAACUGAUACCAAGGGGGAAGAUGGAGCACAGAGACGCCGAUUUCAACAUAUUGCUAGCCACUGAUUCCUACAAGGUGACACAUUAUAAGCAGUACCCUCCCAACACAAGUAAAGUGUACUCUUACUUUGAGUGUCGUGAGAAGAAGAAUGAUCCGACCAAGAACAGAAAAGUCAAAUAUGACAAGACUGUGUUCUAUGGCCUGCAGUAUAUCCUCCAUAAAUAUCUGAAAGGUAAGGUGGUGACCCCUGAGAAGAUCCAGGAGGCUAAGGAGGUGUACAGGGAACACUUCCAGGAUGACGUCUUUAACGAGAAGGGCUGGACUUACAUCCUGGAGAAGUACAAUGGCCACCUGCCUAUUGAGAUCAAGGCGGUGCCAGAGGGGAGUGUGAUUCCGAGAGGGAACGUUCUGUUCACCGUGGAGAGCACCGACCCAGAAUGCUACUGGCUCACCAACUGGGUGGAGACCAUCCUGGUGCAGACCUGGUACCCCAUCACCGUGGCGACCAACUCACGGGAGCAGAAGAAGAUCUUGGCUAAGUACCUUCUGGAGACUUCUGGGAACCUUGAGCGCCUGGACUACAAACUGCAUGACUUCGGUUACAGAGGAGUGUCCUCGCAAGAGACGGCGGGUAUCGGGGCCUCCGCCCACCUGGUGAACUUCAAGGGGACAGACACGGUGGCUGGCAUCUGUGUGAUCAAGAAGUACUACGGCACCAAAGACCCUGUGCCAGGCUUCUCUGUGCCCGCCGCGGAACACAGCACCAUCACCGCCUGGGGCAAGGACCACGAGAAGGACGCCUUCGAGCACAUCAUCAAGCAGUUCCCCUCGGUGCCCGUGUCCAUCGUCAGCGACAGCUACGACAUCUACAACGCCUGCGAGAAGAUCUGGGGCGAGGACUUGCGCGCGCUCAUCGAGUGCCGCAGCGCCGACGCCCCCCUGGUGGUGCGGCCCGACUCAGGGAACCCCCUGGACACCGUGCUGAAGGUACUGGAGAUCCUUGGGAAGAAGUUCACGCCUAGUGAGAACUCCAAGGGCUACAAGGUGCUGCCCCCCUACAUCCGGGUCAUCCAGGGAGACGGGGUGGACAUCAACACCCUGCAGGAGAUCGUGGAGGGCAUGAAGCAGCACAGGUGGAGCAUCGAGAACAUUGCGUUCGGCUCUGGAGGAGCCCUGCUGCAGAAGCUGACCAGAGACCUGCUCAACUGCUCCUUCAAGUGCAGCUACGUGGUCACCAAUGGCCUCGGGGUGAACGUGUUCAAAGACCCGGUGGCUGACCCCAACAAGCGGUCGAAGAAAGGUCGUCUGUCCCUCCACCGGACGCAGAGCGGCAACUUUGUCACCCUGGAGGAGGGGAAGGGCGACCUGGAGGAGUACGGAGUGGACCUGCUGCACACGGUGUUCCGCAACGGCAACAUCCUGAAGACGUACACGUUCGACGACGUCAGAGACAAUGCCAAGCUCAAGGAGAGCGAGCUGGAGGAGCUCCUCCACUGAGCGGGCCCCCGCCCCCCCUCUCCCACCUCCACCCACAUCCCCCAUCCACCCCGCUGUCCUGUACUUCUACUGUCCCCACCUGAGGGGGGAGCGCACUGCUAUAACCCCCCCCCCCCUCCUCCCAACACACACACCUCUCUCUUUAUCCUCCAGUCCCCCCCCCCAAAACCCCCCACCCCUCCCACUCCUAAAGCACUGUCCUCGGUCGGAGAGGAGAUGAGUCGAGCUCACACGUGAAAAAAGCCAAUGAAAGCCCGUCUUGGGACAGUUGGAGAGAGCGAGUGAGAGACACGUUUCGUCAGAUGUGAUUGAGUUGAGAGAGCGGGUUGUGCUUGAGAAAUGGAAGAGAGAGAGAGAGAGAGAGAUCCCACCUCCACACUGACUGUGCCCCGUGUUACAUGUACAGAGUUGUUUCAAAACAAAAAAGUAAGAAUCUCUCGGUUGACUUAGCCUUGUCUUUUUAAGUGAUGGACGGAAUAAUAUCAUGGUAUCUAAAUAAUUUACUUGCGGUUGUGUAACCGCGUGUGUGCGUAUAUGACCAAGUUUCACUAUAUUUGACCACAAGAUCUUCGCAGGAAAGGAGAUCUGAAGUUAAGCCUGGCACAAGGCCUUGAGCUUAUCUCCAACGAGCUUGGACGCUACUACAUGCGCUCACAACGAGUCAGCAGUAGCAUCUGUAGCCUGUCGACUAGCACUUCAAGCGGUCUCGAAGCAGGACAGGUCUGUGUAUACUGUCAAUGAAGGUUCCAACUCCAAAAGCACUGGGGUGGAUAUGUAAAUGUUCAAUGUUGUUUUUGUGUGUGCGCGUGACUGUACGUGUGUGCUGACAACUUCUUCCUUUAAAGGAUUAAUGAUGUUCCUUUAUGCAAAUUAUUUUUUUGCAGAUCAAGAGGGGGGGGGGGGGGGGUUGCUCCAUAAUUAUCACUUUUAAGGUUUAAAGCUGUUUCCUGUUUUAGGACAACACUACUCAACUCAUGGCCAAGUUGGUAGGUCUGGACAACGAUAAUCAUGUCUCAACUUUAUUUGCAGUACAUUUGUGUGAGUUAGUUACCAGUCGGGUUUGUUUGAUUUUGAGAACGACAGUGAGGUGGUAGCUGUAUCUUGAUUAGGGAGGUGAACUUUGUUUUACUCUUUUGAUACUGUCUUGGUUCUUAUACCUCAGAAAUUGUUUUAAUCAUUUUAUAUGGCAAAGGUGAACAAUAACAGAAUUAUUGCAGUAAAUAACCAUAUUUACCAUGACAUGGCCAAACUGCCUUCUCACAUGUACAUAACAACUUACUUUCUAUGAGAGGAGAGGGCAGGUUACUGAUAAAUAGUUAUUAUUUUUUUGUCAAAUGCCCUUUUUUUUUUUUUUUUACUUUACCAACAGAAUCCUUCAAACUGCUUGGUUGUAGUAUGACUGUUCUUGUGAAGUCAGCUUUUAGCUCAUGUUUGUAUAGUCGUGUGAAUGCCAAGUGUGUAAUGACUGAAAAUACUUUUGAAUUAUAUUUUUUGUUGUUAUAUGUAUAUGUUGAUUGUCCCAAACUCUUUCCCACAACCUAUUGGAUACUUUAACUAACACUGUUGCUAUAUUAUUGUCAACGUAUUAAAAGGACCACUCUAUCAA